AUGCUUCUAGAUAUUUUUCAGUCAUUAUUUUUCUUUCUUUUUCUCUUCCUUCAUUCAUGCCGUUGUCUUUUUUCAUCAUUCUUUUUCAUUAUAUUUUUCUGUUCAUUAUUAUUUUAUCUUCCGCUUUUAUUUCUUAAUUUUCUUUAUUAUUGUAUUUUCAUUUUUUUCUUCUUUUUUCUUCCUCUCUCUUUCUCUAUUUUGCUUUUUGUAUUAUUAUCAUCAUCUCCUCCUCCUCCUCUUACUUUUCCUUUUCCUCGGUAUUUAGUUCUUUAUAUUUUUUCUGGUACUUUCUAUUGUGUACUUUUGUUUAACCCUCUCUCUCUUUUAUUUUCUUCUUCCUCUUCUUCUAGUUACUAUCAUCAUCAUCAGUAUCCUCCUAUAUCUUCUUCCUCAUCUUUCUUUUUCUUCAUACUCUUAUUCAUUUGUUCUCCUUCAUAUUCUAUAUUCUUUGUCCUGUUCUUUUCUAUUUCUUCUCUCUUUAGCUUCUGGCUUGUAUUUAUUUGUUCUCCUUCAUACUCUAUACUUCUUCUUCCUCUUCUUUUUUUCUUCUUUCUUUUGGCACUUAUUUGUUUGUUUUCCUUCAUACUUUAUACUUCUUCUUCCUCCUCCUCCCUUUUUCUUCUUCUUCUCUCUCUUUCAUUUUCCUUUGGCUCUUAUUUGUUUAUUCUCCUUCAUACUCUAUACUUCUUUUGCCUCUUCUUCUUUUUGUUUUCAUUCAUUUGGUCUCCUUCAUACUCUAUACUACUUCUUCCUCUUCAUUUUUCUUCCUUCUUUUGGCUCUUAUUUGUUUAUUCUCCUUCAUACCCUUUACUUCUUUUUUUUCUCUACCUCUUUUUCCUUCUUCUUUCUUUUAGCUUUUAUUCAUUUGUUCUCCUUCAUACUCUAUACUACUUCUUCCUCUUCAUUUUUCUUCCUUCUUUUGGCUCUUAUUUGUUUAUUCUCCUUCAUUCCCUUUUUUUCUUUUUUUUUUUUCUCUACCUCUUUUUCCUUCUUCUUUCUUUUUUUUUUAGCUUUUAUUCAUUUGUUCUCCUUCAUACUCUAUACUUCUUCUUCCUCUUCAUUUUUCUUCCUUCUUUUGGCUCUUAUUUGUUUAUUCUCCUUCAUACCCAUUACUUCUUUUUUUUUCUCUACCUCUUUUUCCUUCUUCUUUCUUUUGGCUUUUAUUCAUUUGUUCUCCUUCAUACUCUAUACUUCUUCUUCCUCUUCAUUUUUCUUCCUUCUUUUGGCUCUUAUUUGUUUAUUCUCCUUCAUACCCUUUACUUCUUUUUUUUCUCUACCUCUUUUUCCUUCUUCUUUCUUUUAGCUUUUAUUCAUUUGUUCUCCUUCAUACUCUAUACUUCUUCUUCCUCUUCAUUUUUCUUCCUUCUUUUGGCUCUUAUUUGUUUAUUCUCCUUCAUACCCUUUACUUCUUUUUUUUUCUCUACCUCUUUUUCCUUCUUCUUUCUUUUGGCUUUUAUUCAUUUGUUCUCCUUCAUACUCUAUACUUCUUCUUCCUCUUCAUUUUUCUUCCUUCUUUUGGCUCUUAUUUGUUUAUUCUCCUUCAUACCCUUUACUUCUUUUUUUUUCUUUUUUUCUCUUUUCUUUUGGCUUUUUAUUCACCUUCUUUUUCCUUCUUCUUUCUUUUUCUUCUUUUAUUCAUUUGUUCUUCUCCUUCAUACUCUAUACUUCUUCUUCCUCUUCAUUUUCUUCCUUCUUUUUAUUCAUUUGCUCUUAUUUGUUUAUUCUCCUUCAUACCCUUCUUUUUGGCUUUAUUUUUUUUUCUCUUCAUACCUCUUUUUUUUUUCUUCUUUUUUUUCUUCUUUUAUUCAUUUGUUCUCCUUCAUACUCUAUACUUCUUCUUCCUCUUCAUUUUUUCUUCCUUCUUUUGGCUCUUAUUUGUUUAUUCUCCUUCAUUCCCUUUACUUCUUUUUUUCUCUACCUCUUUUUCUUCUUUCCUCUUUUUCUUCUUCUUCUUCUUUCUUUUCUUCUUUUAUUCAUUUGUUCUCCUUCAUACUCUAUACUUUUUUCUCUUCCUCUUCAUUUUUUCUUCCUUCUUUUGGCUCUUAUUUGUUUAUUCUCCUUCAUUUUCCCUUUUUUUCUUUUUUUUUUUUUCAUACCCUUCUUCCUUUUUUUCUACCUUCUUCUUUUUCUUUUAGCUUUUAUUCAUUUGUUCUCCUUCAUACUCUAUACUUCUUCUUCCUCUUCAUUUUUCUUCCUUCUUUUGGCUCUUAUUUGUUUAUUCUCCUUCAUACCUUUUUCUUUUUUUUUUUCUACCUCUUUUUCCUUCUUCUUUCUUUUGGCUUUUAUUCAUUUGUUCUCCUUCAUACUCUAUACUUCUUCUUCCUCUGCAUUUCCUUAUUAUUAUCAUAA